CCGUAGCCCAAAACUCUGUUUAGGUCCUUGUUGUCUGGAUUCGUUUUGUUUUCCGCUUCGCAAUGAAUAAAAAUAAGGCCAGCGGCGUUGCGUGGGUGAAGCCAGAGGAACCGUCGUUCCUGAAGAAGUUCAAAAGCGAUGUUGGAUACAAAGAAGGGCCGAAUGUUGACACCAAGGCUGAGGGUCUUUGUUUCAUAUUCCCAAUCUCAGCGCCAGGUGAUGCCCACGCUGGAUGACGACAGCGGGAGCGACCGAGACGACGAGCUACCUCAAGUCGUGGUGCUUAAAGGUGGAGACCUCACUGCAGACGAGGUGAAGAAGAUCAAGGAUGACAUGCAAGCUGGAGGGGGUGCAGCGAAAGACGACGAAGCCCCGCCCGACGGUAAAAUCCUCUUCAAGAAGCCCGCCAAGCGCUCCUCUUCGGACAAGUUCCAGGGCAUCACCGCCAGCUCCAGCAAGAAGAAGAAGAGCAACGAAGGAGAGAAGGAGAAGGAGAAGGAGGACGAGGAGGAGAAGAAGGAGGUGAAGUCUGGAAAGAAAGUGAAAAAUAACAGCCUGCUUUCAUUCGGAGGGGAUGAGGACGAAGAGGACGACUAAGUGUUAAUGGUGAAAUAUAAGACUGUCAUGAACCCCCCAAGACAGAAAAAAAGGUGACACUGAAAUAUUAAAGGGAAACAUUUGACAAAUAAUAACGGGGUAAAAGUUAACAGACACCUUGCAGCCUGGCCUUUCUUUUUUAUUAAAGAACAGCGCCAGUAUUUUUGCAUGUCUCUUAGACCAAUGGAUACUCGAGACUGUUUCAUUCAUUUUAGUACCCUAUCAAUAGGCAUCGAAUUGUAGAGAAUCUAUUUGCUUCCAAGUCAUUGUUCCACUGAACAACAGGGAUGAUUUACUACUCUAUUUGGUCCACUGAAGGACACCCAGACACGCACAAACUGACUGUCUGCCUAAGAGGAGCUGUGAAGGUUGAGCGAGCUACUGCAAGAAAGAGAAAUGAACACACUAUUUCAAACAAAACCAGAUAGUACAGAGCAUCACCACAAUCAUACACAGGAGCUGCUGCGGAGCUAAAUCAUAGUUUUAUCUUUGAUUGAGUAACAUUCAGUGCCAUGAAAUUCUAAAGUGGCUUUUUCUUUCAUUUUUAAUGUGGUCCUGAUUUAGUUUUUGUAUCUGCUUCCCUGAUUCUUUAAGCUCCUAAAAAAUCUCCUCUGAAACUCUUUAGUCCUUGUUACUGUUAUCAGUUGAAAACAUGCAGGUGAGAUAGCAGCUCCUUGUUUAAAGCCGGCAGCUACAGUGAUGAACGUCACCAGGGAGAGAUGCCAUCUGCUGAAGCUAAUUAAUGCUAAUUUACAUUCACCGAAACUGUCGUUUGUAGUUGUUGUAAAAAAAAAAAAAAAAAAAAAAAAGAUCCAGAAAGGAGACUCUCCUCGUUUAAUGUGCAAACCAAACCACAUUUUAGGAGCCAGUUUAUUUUCAUUGAGCUCAUAAAGAGUCGUUGGCAGUUUAAGCUGAUGUUAAAGCACCUAGAUCGUUUCUGUAGGAAAAGAACCGCCGCCAACACUGUGGUGAGUCUUUUCUAUUUUUUUUUUUUAGCUAAGUUCUCAGCAUUCAUUUCUCUUUCAUGGAGUCGGCGAUAAUUAGCUACCGCUGAAAUUAUUCGUGUUAUCUUUUGAUUUGGUGCACGUUUAAUUAUUCUAAUCAAAAUCCCGACUGAAGCAGUAAAUUAAUAUCUCUUUAAAAGCAGCAGUUAAUUGAGCAGCGUUAACAUGGCGUCAUUCAAAUCUGUUUUACUACCAGUGUGGGAUUAUUCUACAAUAUUUACUCAUCACAGUGAAAUGGUCCGUCCUUAGUCAAUCUACUGCAUUAAUUCCUCUCUCAACCAGUAGAAAAUGUUAUGAACAUGUGAUUAUGAAUGAAAAAAAAUACCGGUCAAACCGCCCAGCACUAAUUGGCAGCUAAUACAGUAAAGAUCCAGGUUGGUUGAUCACUGAGGAACAGACUGAUCGGUGGACGUCACCUCAUUUUACACCGGCUGUCAUCUAUAUUUCAUCUGGGUUAGUUCAGAAACUCACACAGUAACUACCUUUUCAGUGGUCGUCGUGUGCGCCGCCCUCUUCCUCUCUGUUCCUGAUGUGUAGACUCCAGAGUUGUUUUGAAAGUGAAACUGCCGACAUCCCCCCCUGUUGCUUCGUGUUUGAUUCUCCAGCCCCGUUCAUCCGCGUCUGUGAUCAAGUGUAACCGUGUCUGUUGACGGUGUGUUCAUUGUAGAAUUUUUAAUACAUUCGGCCGUGCGCGCCCAAAUGUAUGAAUAUAUUCUAGCUUCGACAAAGGAGCUGUAACAGUUCAUCUAGAAACUAUGCAUUCUUGUCAAUGCGGUUUUAUGAUUUUUCUUUUAAAUGUGGAUUUUGUUUUUAUUGUAUUAUUGCUGUGACAUUUGGUAUAUAAACCAUUAAAACGACUGUAUCGUA